AUAGUCAAUUAAAAUGCAGAGCCAAAUUGAACACCCUUAAAGGAUUAUGCAACAGGGCUAGAUUUGGAAUGUUAAUCAUCUCAAGCUGUCAGAAGUAGUCAAUUUCAUAAGACAGAAAAAAGUUGAUGAUUAAAAGCAGACGUUAAGGGAGAGGAGGGGAGAUAGUGCUUGAGGUGCAAGGGGGAAAGUAAAGAGGAGGAGGAGAGAGAGGAGGAGAGGUGCUAUUGUGUAAGAGCUCAUGUGUGGUUGUUUGUGUAUCUGCAGAGUCUGUUGGCCAGAGUGAAAGAUGGGUCAAGACAAUAUGUAGCUGACUGGCUCCAGUGUAACUCAUUCAUCACUGUAGAGUGUGUGUUUGUGUGUGUGUCAGAGAGAGAGAGAGAGUAGUGGUGGGGUGAGGAGGGGGUUGUGUGUCAGACGGUGUUCCUCCUCGUCCUGCUCCAGCGGUUAAGUUAAAUCAGAAGCAGUCAGUGACACGCUGCGGUGGUCUCUCUAUCUCUCAGCCCGUCCUGCUCUGAAAGCAUCAACAGCCUCCUGGUUCAGCACUGCAGGACUCGCUGAGGCCCUCUCCCAAGGCCUGUAUCAGUCACCACAGACCAGCCCUGGCUACAGGGACCCUCCAUUUAAAAGUCCUGGGAUUUGGUGCUCAAAAUGCAAAAUCUAACGACAGAAACAACAGACGGUUUAGAACUGGCAUGUGGUAUGUCUGGACACCAUGAAAUAAUUUUCACCCUGGUACCCAUCGUCUAUGGCUGUAUUUUUGUCAUCGGCAUUGUCGGAAACAGCAUGGUGGUGGCUGUCAUCUACUGCUAUAUGAAGCUUAAGACGGUGGCUAACAUUUUCGUCCUGAAUCUUGCCGUGUCUGACCUCACGUUUCUCAUCACUCUACCAAUGUGGGCCACCUACACCGCCACAGGGUAUAGUUGGCCCUUUGGAGGAUUCCUGUGCAAGGCCAGUGCAGGGCUGGUGAUUUUUAACAUCUACACCAGCAUCUUCUUCCUCACAGCGCUCAGCCUAGACCGUUACCUGGCUAUUGUGCAUCCAAUGCGAUCGAGGCGCUUCCGCACCGUGGUGUAUGCGCGUCUCACCUGUGUGGUGAUCUGGCUUUUUGCCUUCGUGCUCAGUGUGCCCACAGCGGUGAUCAGGGAUCUCCACGACAUCUCGCACUCUAACACUACAGUGUGCGGCAUUCUGCACCCGACUGAAGAAAAUGAAAUGUGGUUGAAAGAGCUCCGCCUCGCCAUCAGCCUCAUGAAGAUCCUGCUGGGCUUCCUGGUGCCCUUUGUCAUCAUCCUCACUUGUUAUUGCCUUAUUGGGCAGGCGCUGCUGGGGGCCACGCACAUACAGAAGAGCUCUCGUUCGCGGGACGACGAGGUACUGCGCAUGCUCGCAGCGGCUGUCUUGGCCUUUUUCUUGUGCUGGGCGCCACACCAGGUAUUCCACUUCAUGGAGGUGCUCACCCAACUGAAACUUGUGAACAACUGCUCCAUCGUGGAACUCAUUGACACCGCCAUACCCUUCACCAUAUGCAUUGCCUACUUCAAUAGCUGCGUGAACCCUAUCGUGUACAGCUUCGUGGGGCACAACUUUCGCAAAAACUUACUCCAUCUGCUGCGUUGCUCCCGAGGUGCAGUUCCCGGGCCUCACCCGAGCAUUAGCUCCAAGAUGAGUGCACUCUCUUUUCGCGCCACAGAGGCACUGAGCCUUGCAGUCAAAAGUAAUGCCUCCUCUGACGUGAAGUAAAGGGGGAAAAAGGGGGGGGGGAAGAGAAACAGGGUACAGUUGACCUUUCCUCACUCUUUCAGUUUGAGGUCAAAGACCUGGGGAUGGAGACAUUCCAUUCUUUUUUUUUCUCCAUGCCCAACUGUAUUACCCAGCACUGAAACAUCCACAAUGAUUGUAAUGUUGUGCACAUGUUCCUCUGUAGUUGCAGAAUAUUUAUUCAUAUACCAUUCCAUGUCACAUAGCAUGCUGGCAAAUUUUCCCAUCUAACCCUGUGAAAUGAAUGAGAGUGUCACAAAAAAGCCAUAUUAAUAUAGUAUGGCUGUGCAAGAAAAUAUUAUACAGAAUUACUGAACACUUAUCCCAUUAUUUAUAAAAAGAUAUGCAUGUUCUGCAAAAUUAUGUCAGCAUUGUGCCUCGAUGAUACAGUGCAGUACUAUAGUGUCUAGUGAUAACUAUCCUUUGCUCUCAGCAGGUCGUUCACUAGUUGGAACAAUGCUAAAAAAAAGUGCUAAGCCACUCAUGAAUGCUCUGCCAGUGGCAACAUACAUGAAAUAAUUGGAAAUGUAUUGCAAAAUGUCAUGUAAAUGUAUAUUUGCAGCAUAUCUGACUUCAGUAACUAUUUUCCGUAUGUUAUAUAGUAUAGUCAGACUAUGUCCUCUUUGUGAAAAUGUAUAUUUGUUUGCAUAUCAACACUGAAAUGAUACCAAGUUUGGGAGUGACAUGCUAUCAAAAAUGGAGUGCCAUGUAAAUAAUCCAGGCUGGGAGAUCAUUGUCAGUGUCUUUGGUGGUUGUCUUUGUGGUAUUUAAACUUGACAGGUGUGUUUUUUUAUACCGUGUAGGUGUACAUUUUGUGAAUACGAAAAUAUAAUUAAAAAGAAAGUAAAUACAGUCCAUGGUGGAUCUUAUUUUUUAAUAGCUGAGUGUAAAAAGAGACAAAUCAUCCUGAUUAGUCGUGAAAGCAAGUCACACAUUACAAAAAACACUUCUGAUAACUGUGACUUAUCCAAAUCAAAUGACCUUGGUUUAAAAAUG